UAUACGUACGCUAAGGACGGAAGCGUUCGCGGUGUAAUGGUUAGUCGAAAGGCCGCUCUAGCACAUUGCCGAGCAUUAACAGCAGCCUGUCACUAUUCGGAGGGUGAUGUGAUGAUUUGUGUUGUUGAUUGCCGUCGAGAAGCUGGUCUCUGGCAUGCUGCUCUCGCUGGCGUGUUUAACGGUAUGCAUAUUGUAUUUGUGCCCUUCAAUGUCCUCCAAAUGGACCCGGGCUCUUGGAUUCGUAUGGUCACCAAAUAUCGCGCCUCUGUUGCCAUUGUAAAGAGUCGUGAUUUGCACUGGGCACUACUUGCAGAAAGAGAUCAUCCCUAUGUCAACCUCUCUUCUCUCCGUGCUCUUCUUGUCACUGAUGGUCACAAUCCUUGGUCUCUCAAUUCCUGCGAUCUCUUUGCGGCUAAGUUCAAGUCCCGUGGUUUCAAUCCCAGUGCAAUAUGUCCCAUUGCGGGCAGUUCAGAAACUCUAACACUCUCCCUUCGACGUCCCAUUCCUCCAACUAGUGCCACUAGUGCAGGCAGUGGUACUGGUGGUCUAUUCGGUCUCCAUUCAAAUGGCGCCCUAAACAGAGGUAUGCUUAUGCCCAACAACGCAAGCCCGCAACAUACCCUCAUUGGAGGAAAUUCAUGUGCUUCUCAGCCAGCAUCUUCUGCUCGUGGCAUAAUUUCACUUCAUGCCCUGAGCUAUGGAGUUAUUCGAGUAGACUCAGAGGAUUCUUUCACUUCCCUUACUCUGCAAGAUUGUGGUCAGGUUCUACCUGGAGCUGCAAUGGUUGUAGUGAGCUUGGGUCCGAAACCCACCGUUUGUAAAACAGAUGAAAUAGGAGAGUUGUGUAUAUCAGCAGACUACGUUGGAACUGGAUACUGGGGUCUGCGAGGCCAGACUGGAUCGCACUUCUGUCUUCAACCCACCCACGAUGAUGGACGACUUGUGGUGGUGAAUUUGAAUAGUUCGGCGGCGGCUGUGCCUCCAAGUUCUGGAGCUCUCCAUGCACCCACUUCUAACGCGGCCAUGACGACAACGUCGAAAUUCGUUCGAUCCGGUCUUAUUGGAUUUCCUGGACCUGCUUCCUCCGGUGGUCUCAUCUUCAUUUGCGGUUCGAUAGACGGCGUAUUGUCGGUAGCGGGUAGGCGGCACAAUGCCAAUGACAUUAACGCGACUGUGAUCGCUGUUCAACCAACCAAGAUUGUAUACCGUGGCCGAAUCGCUGUCUUCUCCAUCGAAAUGCUGAAAGAUGAGAGGAUUGUAGUGAUUGCCGAAUUACGUCACGGGUUCUCUGAGGAAGCAGCCUUUUCAUGGAUGUCCCAGGUCCUUCAAGCCGUUGACAGUAUUCAUCAAGUCAGCGUCUACGCUCUAGCUUUGGUCCCACAAAAUCACCUACCUCGGGUGCGCAUUUAA